AUGAAGCUUUCAACUAUUUUGAUUCUUCUGAAGCUCCCGUUCGACUUCCUUGUGGUCGUUCUUCGGUACUUCAUUUUUGGAGGUAUCAGGGCCCGCAAAUACAGAAAGUCCUUGGCCAAUCUUCUUAAGGUCAAGCUCUAUAGAACCGCAUUACUGGUGCCAAUUUCAGACUCCAAAUGGCUUGCUCCAUACUCCAAUGACUUCUUGAUUCAGAGAAUCCUUCCUACGAUCGCUCCUGCUUUGACCAAGAAUGUGCCAGGUUACGGUGAACGCUAUGACUCCAACUCCAUCUGGCUCGUCAAGCAGCCAGACAGAUCUCCCGAUGAUCCAAUUAUCUUCUUCUUGCACGGCGGCGGUUUCUUCCUCCAGACCAUGCCUCAGCAGCUUCGUUCGGUCAUGUCCAUCUACCAUUUGCUUGAUCCUGCCAUAAAGAAGAAGACCUCUGUUUUGCUUUUGGACUACAAACUCGCUUCUAAGGGCCACACCUUCCCUACCCAGAUGCUCCAGCUCGACCAGAGCUACCAGAGACUUGUGCAAGAGGGCAACAAGAACAUCAUCAUGAUGGGAGACUCUGCCGGCGGUAACUUGGCUGUGGGACACACUCAAUUCCUCAAGGCCAAGGAGGAACCAGUUCAGUACCCCACGAAACUUCUUUUAAUUUCUCCAUGGGUCAAGUUGGCACCUCUUCCUCACGACAUGACGAAGCAAUCCUCCUGGAAACAGUGUGAGGACUACGAUUUGAUCCACCACUCCAAGUUUGCGGAUAUCUCGGAAUUGGCUUUGAUCAUCGGUGAGAGAGACGCUUUCUCGCUUGUGUGGUCGCCAAUGGGUAAGACUCCUCGCCAGAGACUGGACUGGUCUUCCAUUCCCAACUACUCCGACCCCAAGUACGAUGUUCUUGUGCUUCUUGGAGAGGACGAAAGUUUCCGUGACGAUAUCUUGGAGUGGUCCAAAUACGCUUUGGAUGUGCCUUUCCACGGUAAAGCUUACGGAACCGAGGAAGGCUACACUGAGGACAACUACACUUUUGAGCGCCGCAACGAAGCUGGCCACGCUAAUCUCAGUCUAUACGUUGAGCCACAGGGCCUUCAUGAUGCUAUUUUGUUCUUUGAGGACACUGUCCACAAGCAGGUUGGAGCUGGACUCAGAGCGGGCAAGCCGCUCACGAUUAAGGACGUCGACUCAAACAAGUUCUUUGGCAUCUACCGUAUGGUGAAGUUCCUCAACGAAAGGCUCUGA